AUGACCAUCGACACUGCACAGCUGCGGGCGCAGAAUACACUGCUACAUGACCAGUACACCUUCUACCCUGCACACGUGACCGUCAAACACUGGCAGUUGCGUGAUCUCAUUCAUGCCACAGAUAUGGGUCGAGGCAUGUCUCACGACUCUGUCAUCUACCCGGUCCACAACACCAUACGACAGCUAUCCUUUGAUGGAUCUGACCAGCCGCUCUUUGAAUUCCAAUUUGAACCCCGUUGUGUCCGUGUCCAGAAUGGCAUUGUUGCUGCAGGAGGAGUCUAUGACCAGACUUGUGGGCCUCGAAGACCCUCUCUUGGCAGCAGUCUGUCUCGACUGACCCGUCCUCCAGCCUCGUCUCCGGGUCUCUUUUGUGUCGGAAAUAUCGCCACCAAAGAAACCUACUCGGGCGAGAUCUUCACGGGAGAGGCCAUCAACAACGCCGUGACGCUGUACGACAAUGCUACCAAGGCCCUGGUAUGCAACAACGAUCACCUGCUCUACUUUCUGUCCAUUGGCUCUGCAUCAUUUGCCGUCGAAGACCAGUUUCGCUUCACGUCGGCUUUAAACCACGCCUCGAUCUCUCCCGACAACUCUACCGUGGUGGCCUGUGGUGACUCAAACCAGGUCUACGUGUGCAACAGAGGUGCGUACGGAUGGGUUAAGACACACACGAUUGAGAUUGGCUCUGAGUCGGGCUUCUCAACAGCCUUCCAUCCUAACGGAGUUCUGUUCGGUGUGGCUUCUCAGGACGGAGUGGCUCGUCUUUACGAUGUCCGAAAACACUCAAAACCGCUCGUGGAAGUGCCCUCGUCACGCCGAGAGGAAAAUCAUGGCGCCUUCCGAUGCCUCAAGUUCUCCGAGGGCCCCGAAGAUAUCAUGUUCAUCUCCGAACACAGCGGCAGAGUGCAUAUGGUUGAUCUCCGGGAUUUCUCCAACCACCAGGUGCUACAUCUGCCCUACUAUUCACGACCUCCAAAAUCCAUGCACCACUACUAUCCCGAGGAGUGGUCGCAGCGGUCCAUCCGAUCAGCACGAUCCGGACGCUCCGACUUGUCCAACUCUUCGUCAGAGUACAUGGCAGGCUCGGACAUUUCACUGGACUCCGAGCCCCAAAUCACCCCCAUCACUGACCAUGCCACCAAUUACGCUCCCCCAGUUUAUUCCGCAUUCUCGGCUGCUCCUCCGUCCUCUUCUUCUUCUUCCAGAGUGUCGUUGCCCGCCCUCAACUCUGGAGAGUCCCGUCGGCUCACCUACCGAGAACACGACAUUAGCGGCAUGUGCUGGAGCCCCUACGACGGAGGCUCCCUGCUUGUCGGCACCGAAAUGGGCAUCACCUCGUGGCGUGUUAACGUCAAGAGUCGGCGGGUCUUUCCUAGCUACGACGUGUGCUAA